AUGAAAUCGUGCGAAACUCCAGUGACUCUUUCUUUGUACCUGAAAUUGAUUAGGGUCUAUUUCGGGACGCUGAUGUAAGGUUGUGCAACAUGGGUGUUAUUAAAGGGACCCGAUUCGCCGGUAUUGCACAAACUGAAGAGCAGAAAGAGGCAGAAGGCGUGUUGGGAGCGCGAGAAGGCAUAACUUAGGCUAGUUCCGGCGACAACACAAAACAGGAGGACAUUAAGUGCUGAAGAUGGGUGCAUCUCAGAGCACCCAGGACCAGACAGUACGAGAUGUCAUCCAGAACUCUGAUCUGUUGGAGGCCAGGCUUGUUCUGGAGAGUAUUGCAUCUCGAGACCAAGCAGAACACACCUCUGAGACAGGGGAGGGAGCCUCAGUGGCCAAUGGGACUGUGAGCAAAGAGCAGCUGCUGAAGGUACAGAUCCCCCUGCCAACAGAAUGGACUAGUCUGCUUCAGAACAAGCUGACGCACGUCAUCGUGGCUGCAGACAAGAGUGGUUCCAUGGCUGGUAACCCAUGGCGACAGGUACAGCAGGCCCUAGUGUACAUGAUCGGAGAUGUGGCCAGUGUCAACCCCAGUGUGGCCCUGGAUGUGGUCAUCUACAAUGAUAAGGCCAGCGUACUGCAGUAUGCAGGAUCAUACCAGGAAGCAGUGAAUGGUGUGAGGGCAGACGGGAUGACAAGUUUUGCUGCAGCGUUUGGUUGUAUCAAGGACUGUCUGAAGACUGAAAUACAAGGUACCCCAGUCUCUAAGACAGUUGUUGUGUUCAUGACGGACGGAGCCGACACCUGUAACCGUGGAGACGACAUCAAUCGCUCGGUCAGGAGCUGGAAGGACGCCCUGGCCAGACUUGGUCACGAGGUGAUAGUUCACGUGGUUGGCUUCAGCGCCCAGCACGACUACAACUUCCUGGGCCGUCUGCGGAACACAGGAACGACCGCGGGACUGUUCCGCUACACGGAACCCAGCGACGGCACAGAGGCACUCAAGGCCAAGCUGCAGGAACUCUUUGACUUUGUCGCUCUGAGUGCUGGUAGGGAGGUUGAUAUGCAAAUGAAGCUGGAAGGAGAGGACCGCUUCUGCACACCAGAGGGAACCAAGCAGUCUGUCACCAUCACCGGGGAAGUAGUAGUGGAGGAGCAAGAGGAGGAAAAUACAGAGGGGGCAGCAGUUGGAGGCAGUGCAGAGGGUGUGAUUCAGGGAGGAGCCACCCAGACUGAAGCCCCAGUCACAGACGCUACAGAAGCCCUCCUCAGCACCUGUCGGCAGGUGGCCAGCUGUAACAGUACCCAGCCCAUCCAGCUGGAUGCACCUGUGUUCGACCCUGCUGCAGGGGUCACUGCCCCAGAGGUCAAGGUCAAGACAAGCAGAAAGGUCGACAGAGCUAUGGAGGUCUGGGCCAAGGACAAGCUGGGAUGUCCUCUGAACAAGAAGGAUGACCUGACAGCUGCUAAGAAGGUUGUGACACGCUGGCUAGACUUUGGACCUCAGAGUGUCGGUGCUCAGAUGGAGGGAGAGAAGGAAGCAAAGAAGGACGAGUACAACCCUGAAGUUGUCACACAAUCCAUGCUCAACAUAGUGGCACAGCUCCUCCACAAGCUGCAGACAAGACUGACCCCACAGCUUGCUGCUCUCCCCAGCUGCAUUGCCUUUGUCAACCACUGGGUGUCCUCGCAGUACUGCUUCAGUGAGCUGGACAGGAACAGUGGGCUUGCCCCAGACAGGUGGAUCUCUGAAGUCAAGCAGGCCAUCAAGACAAUGUACAGCACCGUGGAGGAAGGUUAG